AUGGACCUGGAAGCGCAGAGCCUAUUGCUGGAUGGAGAGGACAGCGUCGAUGUGCGGCCGCAACGGCGCACUCUUCCAAGAGCUGCGUUUUUUGUGGUGGCUGCGCCGACCUCAGCUUUAGCUCUUGGCAACUUGCGGAACUUGUACCACUAG